AUGGGAAAGCGGUAUCCGGUAGUUAGUGAUUUUGGGUUGAGCCAGUACGUGGGCAAAAGCAAUAAUGACGAUGAGAGCAGUUAUAAUGAUGAAGAACCCGAAGGUAACGGCUACAUAUUUGGAGUAAUCCCCUAUAUCGCUCCGGAAGUGCUUAGAGGUCAUCAGUACACUCCGGCAUCGGACAUUUACAGUUUCGGGAUGAUUAUGUACGAACUGCUUACCGGCCAUCAACCAUUCGAUGAUGCUGCUCAUGAUCUUGAGCUAAUCGCCAGGAUAACGGCGGGUAAUGCAUCUUUGCUGGCCAGGCCUACUUCGGCGUUGGAUUCCGCCUCCACCCUGAUCUCUCCACCGAUCUCGUCACCCUAUAAAACCACGGUGCCAUCACCCUCACAAGCCGCCACUGGUAAUAACCAAAAUCGGCCAAGCCUAUAUAACAUCCAAUAUCCAAAGUGCUGGAUCCGAUUGAUGUAUAGGUGUUGGAAUGAUGACCCUACACAACGGCCUAACAUUACUGAACUCAACGAAGUGUUGGAAAAAUGGUAUCAGUUAAUAGAAACCAAUGUUGCCAAGGAUAGGGAAGAUCUGGAGAUUUUGAGGGAUUUCAGGGAUGCCGAAAAUUUCAGAGUCGACGGCGGUAAGAGGCUUAGUAUUGGCGGCUCAUCAAUGAAAAGUGAAAAAAAGUUGUUGAAUACGGAGAAUCGAGAGAAACAUCCCGAAGCAUUCUAUUACAGUCGAAAAAUACCAACCAAGAAAUUGAUGAGAAAGUUGGAGGAACAAAUGGGAGCAAAAGAGAUUCGGGAUUACUUAAAUUUGAAGUACCUACAAAAAUAUCCGUCUAUCGAAAGCAGUUCGAAUGAUUUGGAGAAGGGUUCACUCAUGUCAACGAGCGUUACCAACAAUUCUAUACCAGAUCAGCAUAGUAGGCAGAGUGGAACUUCAGUUAAUACCACAGAAGGUCAAGAUGCGAAGGGUAAUACGGUGGAUGGGGAUAAUAUGUCAACUCAUUUAAAUUUAGGAAAAGGUCUUGUUGGUGGUGUGCUGGAGAUGUUAAGAGAUGAUGGUUCUGAUGGCAUGGACACUAAUGCGCAAAAAAAUGGUUCAUUCAACGCCGGAUUUAAUAAUAACAUCGGCCCAUCAAUCAAAGAGGACGAAAAUAAAAUAAGCUCCGUGGAUAAUUACGAGAGCCCGAUAAUCGAGGUGCAAAGUUACGAUGAUGAUAAUAUAUCGCGAAACGACACGUCAGUGAGUUAUUUUCGAGAAUACCCCAGUAAAAAUUCAUUGACAAUGACACAGAGUUAUAAUACUUUGGUAUACGACUAUUCACCAUGA